AUGGAUUCGUCGCCGCCAGCUUCGUUCUCUUCACUUCCUCCCGAGUUGGUCUCUAAGAUCUGCAGCGAUCCCGGUCUCGAUAAGAAGGAUCUUAUUGUCCUACGUCUCACCAGCAAAGCGCAAGGCAUCCACGCAUCUGCCACGAGAGCCUUCGGCAGACACUGCUUUUCUCGUGUCCCGCUUCUCUACACUGAGUAUAGCCUGGAAACUUUCCUCAAGAUCUGCCGGCACCCUGUCUUUCGUUCGUGUAUUCGUCUAGUUGAGCUCUCGUGCUUUCGUUUCGACCCAGGCCAUUUCAAUCUCCUCGUGGAAAGCAUGACAAUCUGGAAUUUGGAUUGGGACGAGUUAGUUCGGAAUGUACAGCUUCUUUCUGCAAGAUGUGAUGCUCAAGAAUCCCUCGAGCCCUGGGAUGCGAAGACCUUGCUUGAGCGAGCCUUUGCUCGGUUCGCAGAAUCUGGCCACAGUUUGACGAUUGCUGUUUCAACAGACGAGUACAACGCGCUUGGUGUUAGUAGAGUCUUUGAACCAGAACCAGAGACCAAUUACUUCCACGCAGAUGUACCUUUCGCUUUACAUCUUCUUCUUGCAUCAGCAAAGCGUGCUGGCUGCAGAGUGCCCAAACUCGACAUCACAGUCGCGUCACGACUAUUCUCCUCCCAAGACUAUGACUGUGAUCUAUCAGAUCUCAUGCAUUCGAACACAGAGCUAUCUCUUGAAAUGUGCUUCAUCACAGACUUUGAUGAGGAUGAACACGCAGAAUCCAUUCGAUAG